UCAUCUUUUUCUCUUUUUAAAAAAAAAAUUCGGCGUCGUUCUCCGCUCCCUACUGCCACUGUUGACAGCGGCUCUUCUUCUGUAAGCAACACUCCCCCUUACUUGUUCAUCCUCUUAUUCUAUUUCUCAAAAUGCACUCCCCACAAGUUGUUUUGGUGCUUUUGUGCCUAUCCACCUUCUGUUUGGAUAUUUUAGGCUUCCAUGGCCAAUAGUAUUGCAGCAGGUACUGAGCUUUCACGAUGCUUUGCAGCGUUUAGUAGUAACUCCCACAACAAACCAAACCCCACCAAAACCCUGUUACAGAAAUGCCGAAUUAAUGGCGUUUCAAGUAGGGUUCCUAUGUUUUCUGUGUCUUCCAACAAAGUGCAGCCCAGAAAAGAUGAAACCAGCGGCCAUAUGUUUGCGGUUUCAAAAAGUGAUUCUGGUGAAAGCUCAGGUGGGCUAACAUAUGAGGAUGCUGGUGUAGAUAUUGAUGCUGGGUCUGAACUUGUUAAGAGAAUUGCGAAGAUGGCUCCUGGGAUUGGAGGUUUCGGUGGUCUUUUCCCUCUUGGUGAUUCUUUCCUUGUUGCUGGCACAGAUGGUGUGGGUACUAAAUUAAAGCUGGCAUUUGAAACUGGAAUACAUGACACUAUUGGGAUUGAUCUGGUUGCAAUGAGCGUCAAUGACAUUGUUACUUCAGGGGCAAAGCCAUUAUUUUUUCUGGAUUACUUUGCUACAAGCCACCUAGAUGUUGACCUAGCUGAAAAGGUUAUAAAAGGCAUAGUUGAUGGUUGCCAACAAUCGGACUGUGCUCUUUUAGGAGGAGAGACUGCAGAGAUGCCAGAUUUUUAUGCAGAGGGAGAGUAUGAUCUUAGUGGUUUUGCAGUUGGCAUUGUUAAAAGGGAUUCUGUUAUUGAUGGGAAAAACAUUGUGGCGGGCGAUGUACUCAUUGGCCUCCCAUCUAGUGGAGUCCAUUCGAAUGGUUUCUCUCUAGUCAGAAGGGUGUUGGCUCAAAGUGGCCUUUCACUGAAUGACCAACUUGCUGGUGAACCGAUUACAUUAGGCGAAGCUUUAAUGGCCCCAACUGUUAUAUAUGUAAAGCAGGUGCUGGACAUAAUAAACAAGGGAGGGGUGAAAGGCAUAGCCCACAUCACUGGUGGUGGUUUUACCGACAAUAUACCUCGAGUCUUUCCUAAAGGUCUUGGUGCUGUCAUCUAUGACAACUCUUGGCAAAUCCCACCAGUAUUUAAAUGGAUCCAACAGGCUGGAAAAAUUGAAGAUAGUGAGAUGAGGCGAACUUUUAACAUGGGAAUCGGGAUGGUACUAGUUGUGAGCCCAGAAGCUUCCCACAAAAUUCUUGAGGAAGCAAACGGAGCCUACACAGCAUAUCGAAUUGGUGAGGUUGUGAAUGGCGAAGGAGUCACCUAUCACUAAAAUGUAUAUCAUAUACAUUUCACAUGCUACUUUAAGUUGCCAAGAUGAGGUACACAACGGCUUGAUUGGAAUAUUUCAAUAAUUUGAUCCUUUACAGAUGCUAGAGACCUUGAAACUCAAGCUGUUUCAGUGAAGUGGGGUUUAAAAAUCCCUUAACCAUCUGAUAUUGUUUCUACAGUUGUAAGUCUGAACAACGUUUUAGUAUUAUUUGCAUGAAAUUGCAAUUAUAUUAAGGCAGUUUUUGGGGUCAAA